UCUCUCCUUCCAGUAGCUUUUCCGGGGCGGAGCUACACCUGUUCACUUCCUAGAUGCUAACUGCUAACGCUACUGCACCAUGAAAACACACCUUUUAUUCAACUUAUUCGCUACAUUCUUGCUCGCAGACGGCCUGAACAUCGAGGAUAGCGCCGGGCAGUUCUUCAGCAGCGGUCAUACCAAUAACUGGGCUGUCCUGGUGUGUACGUCCAGAUUCUGGUUCAACUACAGACAUGUGGCAAACACUCUGUCUGUGUACAGAAGUGUUAAGAGGCUGGGCAUCCCUGACAGCCACAUCGUUCUGAUGCUGGCUGACGACAUGGCGUGCAACCACAGAAACCCCAAACCUGCCACAGUGUUCAGCCACAAGAACAUGGAGCUGAACGUGUACGGUGACGACGUGGAGGUGGACUACAGAGGAUACGAGGUGACGGUGGAGAACUUCCUGCGAGUUCUGACGGGACGGCUUCCUCCCAGCACGCCGCGCUCCAAACGCCUCCUCUCUGACGACAGGAGCAACAUCCUCAUAUACCUGACAGGCCACGGCGGGAACGGCUUUCUGAAGUUCCAGGACUCGGAGGAGAUCAGCAACGUGGAGCUGGCGGACGCUUUUGAGCAGAUGUGGCAGAAAAGAAGGUACAACGAGCUGCUCUUCAUCAUCGACACCUGUCAGGGCGCCUCCAUGUACGAGAGGUUCUACUCCCCCAACCUCAUGGCUCUGGCCAGCAGCCAGGUCGGAGAGGACUCCCUGUCGCACCAGCCUGACUUGGCCAUCGGAGUCCACCUGAUGGACCGGUACACCUUCUACCUGCUGGAGUUCCUGGAAGACAUCCACCCGGCCAGCAAAGCCAACAUGAACGAUCUGUUCAAAGUGUGUCCCAAGAGUCAGUGUGUGUCCACUCCGGGCCACCGUACCGACCUGUUCCUGAGGGAUCCGGGAAGCGUCCUCAUCACCGACUUCUUCGGCAGCGUACGCAAAGUGGAGAUCACCACGGAGGCCAUCGACCUGACCGAGCCCAUCAAGGAGGUGGAGGAGAGACCUGCUAAUGGAGACGUCCAUAAAGAGAUGCACUCCUACGUGGACCAGCUGCCGGUUUCUGAAAUCAUCCAUCAGAAACCCAAGCAGAAGGACUGGCAUCCUCCCGACGGCUUCAUCCUGGGCCUGUGGACUCUCAUCCUGCUGGUGUUCUUCCAGACGUACGGCAUCAAACAUCUCCGACACAUCUUCUGAUCUUCUGACGUUUCCACCGCUGGAUGUCUGAGGGCGGGAAGAUUUCUGUUUCCUGACGUUUUUGUCAUUUUGUUUCUUGCUUUUGUCAUUUCGUGUGUAGUUUUUGUUGUUUAGUCCAUUUUUUUUAUCGCUUUGGAUCUUUUGUUUGUCAAAUUUUUUGCCACUUUUUCCUUUUGUUUCAUGUCGUCUGUCUCAUUUUUUCUCAUUUUGUUUCUUCUUUUUGUUGUUUUGUGACUCAUUUUUGUAAUAUUUUGUCUUGUUUUUUGUCUGACUUGUCAUUUGUCUCAUUUUUGUCAUUUUGUUUCUUGUUUUUGUUGUUUUGUGUGUCACUUUGUGAUAUUUUGUCUUGCUCUUGUUGUUUUUUGUCUUGUUUUUUGACUAUCUUUUGUCGUUUGCCUCAUGCUUUUGUCUUUUUGUUUCAUGUUUUUGUCAUUUUUUGUCUCCUUGUUGUCGUUUGUCCAUUUUUUGUCACUUUGUAACUUUUUUGUCUCAUUUUUUGUCAUUUUGUGUCUCAUUUUUGUAGUAUUUGCUAUAUUUAUGUUUUUUGUUUGUCUUUUUAUUAGACUUUUGUCGUUUGUGUUACUUUUUUUGCCUUUUUUUCUCGUUUUUGUCAUUUUUGUAUCAUUUUUCUCGUAUUUUGUCUUGUUUUUGUUGUUUUUUGUCUGUUUUUGUCUGACUUUUGUCGUUUUUCUCAUGUUUUUCUCAUUUCAUUUCCCGCUUUUGUCAUUUUGUGUCUCAUUUUUAUCUCGCUUGUGCUUUUUGCCUUAUUUUUGUCAUUAUUUUAUUUUUUGCUUCAUUCCUUCUUGCUUGUGUAGUUCGUCCAUUCUUUGUCGUUUUGUUCCAGAAGGUGGCCGGUGAAGUUUGCGACUCCUUUCUGGCUGAAAACUCCUUCAUUCUCUGGGUGCCUUUAUUCCUUUUCUUUGGGACGAUUUCUGACAUGUAGACCUCUGUGUGCUGUUCAUGAGAUGGGACACUUCUACACCGUUUUUACAACAGCUUUCCGUGUUCGUUUUUUAUUUAUUUCCCCUCUGUGUCGAACGUUCCACGGCUGCAUUGAUUCGGUUUAAAAUGCGCUGAAGUGAGUCUGCAGAUAAGAAUUUAAUUUAUUUUUGAGAGCCGCUCUGCAUAUUUCAGUGUUUGAGUGCUCCUCAUAGCGUCAGAGCCGGGAGGACGUGGAACGAGGGCGGCUGAUUGGCUGAGAGUGUGCUGUGGAGAGAUGACUGCUUAAUGUCCUCCUGUCCGUAUACAUUACACCCCUGACCCUCGUAUCACGCUUGUGAAGGAUAACAAUCACACGUAAUCCCAUCUGGCCUGAUGGGCCCAUUCAGUAAAUUGCUCUCCCGGUGGCAGCAUCCGUUAGCUCCCCGGCUGUGUGCUCGGCUGAUGCUGUUCUGGUGACGGACAGCUAUUCCUGGCAAUUCCCAGCUAUUCAAAAAUGAAAAAACAAGACACAAAAUGACAAAAGAGACACAAAAGGACAAAAACAAGACAAAAUGACAAAAACGAGAGACAAAAAUGAGACAAAAUGAACUAUUCCCGGCAAUUCCAGCUAUUCCAGCUGUUCGAAAAUGACAAAAAUGAGACCCAAAAUGACAAAAAUUAGACUAAAUGACAAAAAUGAGAGCCUAAAUGACAAAAAUUAGACUAAAUGACAAAAAUGAGACCCAAAAUGACAAAAAUUAGACUAAAUGACAAAAAUGAGAGCCUAAAUGACAAAAAUUUGACUAAAUGACAAAAAUGAGAGCCUAAAUGACAAAAAUUUGACUAAAUGACAAAAAUUAGACUAAAUGACAAAAAUGAGACCCAAAAUGACCACAACGUGACACAGAAAGACACAAGACAUAAAAUGACAAACAUGAAAGAAAAUGAGGAAAAUGAGAAAAAAAGGCAAAAACAAGAAACAAAAAAGAAACAAAAUGGGCUAUUCCCAGCUAUUCAAAAAUGAAAAAAAUGAGACACAAAAUGCCAAAGAAAAGGAGACACAAAAUGACGAAAACAAGACACAAAACGGCAAAAACGAAACACAAAAUGACAAAGGCGAGACACAAAAAUGAGGCAAAAUGAGCUAUUCCCAGCUAUUCCUAAGUGUUCGAAAAUUUAAAAACAAGACCCAAAUUGACGAAAACAAAACACAAAAACAACAAAAAUGACACAAAACGACAAAAACGAGACACAAAAUGACAAUAAAGAGACACAGAACGACAAAAAUGAGACAAAAUGACAAAAAUGAGACACAAAAUGACAAAAACGAGACACAGUGACAAAAACUAUGCGCAUAAUGACAAAAUGAGACAAAAUGACAAAAUGAGACACAAAAUGACAAAAUGAGAGACAAAAUGACAAAAAUGAGACAUAAAUAUUAGUCUUAAAAUGGGCUCUUCCCAGCUAUUCCCGUUUGUUCCUGCAUCUCGUCCCGCAGCAGCGAUAAGUGAGUGAUAACCUCGUAAGCCGCCGACCGUCCCAGAUGAUUCUCCUCCACGCUGGGACGUGUUUGCUUCCAUCUUUUUUAUUUCCUCCUCCACUCUGCAUUUGGCUCAUUGUUGUAGGGGUGAAUGGAUGGAAGCAGCUGUAAUUUAUCUCCUCUGGACACGCCCACCGGCCGCCCUGCCGCUCUCCCUCCAGGCUCAGCUGGAAAAUGGAUGGAGUUAGAAAUGAAAUCAUAUGCUGCGUCAGCCGCUGCCUUUUCUGAUACAUUAUUUAUGCAACGUUUAUUCCUGCUUCUUCCUUUUCCCUCCCAGUUCCUUAUUGCUCCUGCAGGAGAACACAUUUAAUCUCCUGAUGCACUGAUUAAACAUGAAACACUGAAUCACAAUAAAGUUUAACUGCCUCAUUUA